AUGAAAACGGAAGGACUUCCCUCAAGCACUUCAUAUUAUGAUGAUGAAAAAAGGGAUUUGGAACAGUUGCUUGAAGCCUUUGGCUCCAUGGUUUCGCUGGAGGACAUUGCCUCCGCUUAUUGUCAAGCAGGACGCAAUGUAUACACGGCUGGCGAAAUACUUUGUAAUAUGCACGAAAGCAAUUCUACUUUUUCAUCCAAGAAUGAAUCGAAGGGUUUAAGUGCAUCUUCGGAAGAGUCAUCCGACAAUAUCUUGGACAGGCCAAAUUUUGCAGAAAGAAGUUCUAUGGAAUCAAAGCCAAAAAAAUGUUCAGUGUCAAUGGGUACUGUUGCAGUUGUGAUUGGAAAGGAGUAUGCUAUGCCCAAGCCUAUGGAAAAUGAAUCGUAUGAACUGAACAAACCGUUGAAAUUAAAUUCAGAGGAUUUGCCCAUCUCUGAGAUUUGGGAUGAAAAAAUUCCACCAUACAUUGCAGCAAGGGAUGAAACUAUGCACAAGGAUGUUGAGAAAUUUCUGUUUGCAACGCUUGGAGAUGGCUUUCAACUUGGCAUGGAUGUAAUUCGAGAAGUUCUUGGGGUAUGUGGGUAUGAUGUAAAAAAGAGCAUGGAGAAACUUGUCGAUCUAACAGCAUCCUCUUUGGAGAAGAGUGAAGAUGUUCUAAGCGUAGGUGCUCAAAAAGUUUUGAAGCUUCUGGAGAGAGAAUCCAUUAAAUGGACUGAGGAAGUGGAUGGUUGGGUAAUUGUGAUCCGAAUAGAUGAAAUCAACCCAAAACGUUUGAGCUUUGCUAAAAAGGAGUAA